GCAACAUUGUGUGGUGUGGAUCGGCCGCUGCUGCCCGUCAGCCAGCGGGCACGCACAUUGCCUCGCCUCACCUGCGCCGUUCCCAGUCACUUGCUCCCGCUACGUUCCCACCCCACCAUGUGCGUGCCAUCGCCGCUCUGCUCAUCGCCAUAGCUCGCCCAUCCACCGCGCUGUGUGGCCGCUCUGCCUGGGCGUGCCGGUGUGGUCCAUCCCUAUCGCGCGCCUCGCCAUGGCUGCCAGCGGCCGAUGGGGCUGCGCGCGUGCGAUGGGCGUCGUGCUGCUCGCCGUCGCCUGCCGCCUGCACCAUGUGGCCGUCGUCGCCGUCGCUCCCUUGCCGCCUGCCCAGCAAACGGAGAUGCGGGAAACAGCCCGAAGCAUGUUCUACCAUGCGUACGACAACUACAUGCGCUAUGCCUUCCCUCACGACGAGCUCAAGCCGCUCUCCCGCUCCUACACUGACUCGCUGGGCGAGCUCGGCAAUCUCAAGAUGCAGCACCUAUCCUCCAGCUACAAUGGAACGGCCCUCACUCUCAUCGACUCACUCUCAAGCCUGGCGGUGCUGGGCAAUGCGUCUGAGUUCCGCCGUGCAGUGCGCUGGCUGGCCGCCUCGCUCUCCUUCCAUGCCGACGUGCGCGUCAACACCUUCGAGUGCAACAUCCGCCUCUUGGGCGGGUUGCUGUCGGGCCAUCUCCUCGCGUCGCACCACUCCCUCCUCCGCUCACCGCCUCCCUCGCCUGCCGCCCACCAAGGCACAGCGGGCAGCGCGGAGGCCACAGGGGGUGCGAGGGAGAGAGGGGGUGAGGGGGAUGAGCAGCAGAGCUGUGGGGACGAGCUAAAUAGGGGGAAUAGGAGUGGGGUAGGGGAGAGAGAGGGAGGGAGGGUGGAGGGAGGGUCAGGGGGAUGGGAGGAGGGGCGGGGGUCAGGGGCGUGGUACAGCGGGGAGCUGCUGGUGCUGGCGGAGCAGUUGGGGCGGCGCCUCAUGCCGGCGUUCAACACGCCCACGGGCAUCCCAUACGCCUGGAUCAACCUCAAGUAUGGUGUGAGGGCGGGGGAGACCACGGAGACCAGCACGUCUGGCUGCGGCUCGCUCAUCCUCGAGUUUGGGCUGCUGUCGCGCCUCACGGGCGACGCAUGCUUUGAGCGCGCAGCGCUGGGAGCGCUGCGGCGGGUGUGGGGCAUGCGGUCGGCGGUGGGGCUGGUGGGCACGACACUGGACGUGGCGAGUGGGCAGUGGGUGGAGGGCAACACGGGCAUCGGGGCGGGUGUGGACUCAUUCUACGAGUACCUGCUCAAGGCGUACGUCCUGUUCGGGCAGCCCGAGUACUGGCACAUGUUCCAACAAGCCUACACCGCCACGCAGCGAUACCUGCGCACGCCACUCCCCUCCUCCUGGUACCACGACGCUCACAUGCACACGGGCAGCCCCACAUAUCGCCACUUCGGCAGCCUCCAGGCCUUCUGGCCCGCCCUACAGGUGCUGGCAGGUGACGUGGCAGCAGCGAAUGCGACGCACCGGCAGUUCUUCUCAGUGUGGGAGAAGUUCGGCCUGCUGCCUGAACGCUUCCUGUUUGACAUGGGUGUGCCGCACCCCACGGAGCGCUACUACCCGCUCCGCCCCGAGCUCGCCGAGUCCACCUUCGCCCUCUUCCACGCCACCAGAGACCCAUGGUAUCAGCGCGUGGGGCAGAGGAUGCUGCGAGACCUGAAUCGGCACACAAGGGUGGCGGGGGGCUAUGCGAGUGUGCGUGACGUCACCACGGGCGAGCUGGAGGACCACCAGCACUCCUUCUUCCUUGCAGAAACGUGCAAGUACCUGUAUCUGCUGUUUGAUGAGGCAGCGCUGGAGCGGGGCAACAUCCACAAUUAUGUUUUCUCCACGGAGGGCCACAUCCUGCCUGUGCUGCCGCAGUGGCACCACUCUCCUCGUCGCCUCUACCAGCCAUCUCACCAAGGACGAGCAUCAAGUGCGCCCAACAAGAAGGGCACCGGUUGCCAGGGUGGCUCCAGGGCUGAUGGCCAUGCGCCAAGCAAUACAGAGCACAGGGGCUCCAGUGCUAUGGAUAGAAUGGUGUGUCAGAACUUCCAAUAUGACUGGUCACGAUUGUCACAGGAGCAGCAGCGACAUCGAGAGGAGAGCAUUUGUCACGUGCCCGAUAGGCGCCCAGAUCACAGGUGCUUGGAGGAUAUAGACUGUGGCAUACAUGCUGCCACGUGUAAAGCACGAACAUGCAGCCCUGCUCGCUAUUGUACCUGAUUCGGUGCCAGUUAAACCGAAUGCAGCAUCAAUGUGCUAUCAAAGUGGGAACUGAAUGAAGUGUUGUACCCUCU